AUGUUAUUUUCCGCGAUUUCUCAGCCAGUGGCAAUCGACACCAGGAAAACUACAAUUCCCGAGAAGCUCCCGCUAGCUUCUGCGCACGGAACUUUGGCGUUACAAUCGAGUGAAGACGACCCCGAUAUCCGCCAAAAGUACCGGCCAUUCAUUUUUGGUAAUGAGACAGCAGAGGACUGGGUCAAUGGCCUUGAGUUGACAACUACCCUGGAAAUCUCCCAGAAUGUCAUUCAAAAUGGAAACGAGAGGCUCAAGGUGCUGGUUCUCUAUGGAAGCCUCCGGAAAAGAUCGUAUUCGCGGCUAGUUGCAUUCGAAGCUUCUCGAAUCCUUUUCCGACUCGGGUGCGAUGUGCGCAUUUUUGAUCCCGAAGGUCUUCCAAUGAAGAACGAUACCGACCAUGGACAUGCCAAAGUACAGGAACUUCGAGAAUUGAGUAAGUGGAGUGAUGGGCACGUCUGGGUCUCACCUGAGCAGCAUGGAAAUUUGACUGCGGUGUUCAAAAACCAGAUCGAUUGGAUCCCUCUAAGCACUGGAAGCGUCCGUCCCACUCAAGGUCGAACUCUUGCCAUUGCCCAGGUGUGCGGUGGAUCGCAAUCUUUCAAUGCGGUUAACUCCUUGCGUAUUCUCGGUCGCUGGAUGCGUAUGUUUACCAUCACCAAUCAAUCCUCAAUUCCGAGGGCCUACACCCAUUUCCCAGAUGAAGGUCAACCAGAAGAUCAACGGCUCAUUCCUAGUGGUAACCGUGAUCGCCUGGUGGAUUGUAUGGAAGAAUUCGUCAAAUAUACAAUCUUGAUGCGACCACACAUCGAUCUUUUUGGGGAUAGAUUCAGCGAAAGAGAGGAGAAAAGGUUGAAAGAGGCCACGAGCGCUGCUAAUUCGGUUUCGUGA